ACGCCCGUGCGGGUUGUCGGUGUCGGGACGCUCCGCGAAGCCGAUCCGCGAGCGCAUACCCGUUCUCCCCUCUACCUGGACCCGCCGUCGAGGCAGAGAGCGUAGAAGAGACGAAGCAACAGGACGAAACACAAACACAGAGAUCGAGCUAGAGAGAAAGAUAUAUAUACCCUAAAACGCUACCCGCCUCGUACCGGGAACAUUUCAGUCAACCCUUGCGCAUAAUUCUGCACCGAUUGUAAUAUCGAAGGCGAACACUUAAAAAAAAAAACAAAACAAAAAACAAUAAACAAAGGGAAACGAUCAUCGAAAUUUUGUCACGGACAGAAUUCGCGAUCAUCGAACGAUCGUCGUCGUGUCGACGAUUCAGUGAUCGGAUCGAGAUAGUUGUUAUCGAUGACCCGGUAGAGGCGAAUGGUGAACGGUCGCGAAAUCCUGGGGAGACGUUAACCGGCUAAAUGGACCAUAAAUAGUGUCCGGCAAACGGGGAAAGGCGAACGGGACAGGGAAGAAAUACCGACGUUCCUCGUCGGCGACGCUUUUUUCCCGGCAGGGUGGCUGUCUGUCGGGUGACGGAAUACCCGUCUUCCAAGGAAUCCUAGUGAUCGAGUGAUCCGACCCGAGCUGGUCCCGUUCCCACAGCGUUCACUGGCCUACCGGAAGCCGGCGGGACCGGCCGACAACUUCCGUCUUCUUUGGGAGAGUGACCAGGAAGAUCGGGGGUCGACGCGCCUGCUUUCGUUUCCAUCGGUCGCGCUCUGCCCAGUUAUUUUAUGGUUUCUCGAUCCAGAGUGUCCUUGGAACAGUCGUUGCCAGUGCGGUGUGAACGGACUGUCCGGUGAUGCUCGAGGGUGUUUAGAGGUGCUUCGUAACGGCUUCACGGGAUCGAGGAUCGAUCCUGGGCCUGGGAACCUGCCGGGAGCUGCACCUUCGAGGACACCUCGGGUUGGUGAACAGGCUGCCUCGAUGCAUUACGGAUCCUCGUGGGCGGUGGAAUCUGACGAAGCGGGGAAAUGUUUGCCUGAAUUAAGUGUCACGCGCGGGACUCUCCGAUGCCUGGCGUCGUCGGACAAAAACGGCUCGAAGACGUCGCGGAAAUAUCGUCGAAUCGCCCUCGAGUAAUCGUUGAUUUCGUUCGCGCGUAGCAAGGCCAUCGGUGUGUCGCGGGGAUUUUGAGAAAAUUCGUCAAGUCGCACGAAGAAAUUGAUGUCUCGGUUGGGAACGGGUUUGCUCGAGGAGACGAAAGAAUCUCGCCGCUGCCAUUUUGGAUGGUUGCAUGCCGCCUCUGCGAUCCUGGCUAACGUUUUCCCGUUAAAACGUUGUUUGGUGUAUUCGACGGGCGCCGGUAUUCAUGGGAAUUGAUCGGGGCUGGCAUUGUCAUGUAAAACGGCGGGCCAGCCAUGUAAAUUUGGCCAAUCGACGAGCCGUAGGAACGUUUCGCGCGAUCGGCCGAUACCAUGAAGCAGAGAUCGAGGAGGCAGGAUCGAUUAAGUGGGCGACUUCCAGGACCAGUCCAUUCGGCAACGGCGAUCGCCGAAAAUGUUAAUCGACUGCUCGUGAAUUGAUGUGGAGCGAAGACGGCGGCUGCGAUGAGCGGCUAAGGUGGAUCCGCGGGGUCGAGGAAUCGAGCCGAAGAUUUCCAUGCACGAGCCGAGCCACCCAGGAAUCCCAUGGUCGAGAGGAGAGGCGAAGCAUGACGUAGCCGUCGACAAGGGGGGCGCUUCGGAUGCUCCGAGCUGCCGAUUAGGGUCGUAUGGAGGGGACGGACGCAAUCACCACGGAAGGCACCCUGCUUCUGAACCUGACGACCAUCGCCACGCAAGACGUCGACGGCUUCUUCCGAGGUUUUCCCGGCAAAAACUCACCCUACACGGCCGCGCAGGCAAUACUUAUCGCCCUGGUGCUUGGUACUAUCAUCGUCGGGACCGUGAUCGGCAAUAUUCUGGUCUGCGUUGCCGUGUUUCUCGUUAGGAAGCUGCGAAGACCGUGCAACUACCUGCUGGUGAGCCUGGCAGUUAGUGAUCUCUGCGUCGCUCUUCUGGUAAUGCCGAUGGCGUUGCUCUACGAGAUCUCCGGUAAUUGGUCCUUCGGCGCAAUUAUGUGCGACGUUUGGGUUAGCUUCGACGUGCUCAGUUGCACGGCCAGCAUCCUGAACCUCUGCAUGAUCUCCGUCGAUCGAUUUUGUGCCAUAACGAAGCCGCUGAAGUACGGGGUGAAAAGAACUCCGCGGAGGAUGAUCAUUUACGUCAGCCUGGUCUGGUUGGGAGCAGCCUGCAUCAGUUUGCCGCCGUUGCUGAUUAUGGGCAACGAGCACACCUACUCGGACACCGGCUCGUCCCACUGCGUCGUCUGCCAAAAUUUCUUUUAUCAGAUCUACGCCACCCUGCUCAGUUUCUACGUGCCUCUCUUCGUCAUGAUCCAAGUCUACUACAAGAUAUUCUGCGCGGCGCGGAAGAUAGUCCUGGAGGAGAGGAGGGCGCAGAGCCACUUGGAGGCGCACUGCUACCUCGACAUAGAGCCCACGGUUCAGCACCACCACCCGGUCCCGGUAAACCGUCAAUUAAGCUCCGACAUACACGCGACCCACGGAAGCCCUCCCGUGAAACAGCACCGAAGUUCCAGCGCCUCGACGACGGUGAGUAAAUGAAUCGAUUCGACGCCG